UUAUAUUCUUUUAUCCCAUUUUAGCCCAAUCAAAUAUGUCCCUAUUGAAAUGAUAGAUUUUCACCUUACCAAAAGUAAAAACAGACAUGUUGAAUAAUUGUGUUCUAUAUUUCAGAUAAAAAACAAACGUUGGCAGACUUGCGGUAAUAUUACUAUUGAAAAAUAUUGUUUGAAACCCAGAAUCGAUUAUGUGAAAUAUAUUGAUUCAAAAAUUCAAAUGGAUGUGACACUUGCUAUAGACUUUACAAUUUCAAACCAAGACCCUCAGUUGCCGAAUAGCAACCACUACCACACUUCUAACCAGAGGAGUUUAUACGGUGCCGCCAUACAUGCUUUACAGCCCUUGCUACAAAAGUACAACAGCAACAAUUGGUAUCAUGUUUAUGGAUUUGGCGCCAAAAAAAAGGAAAAUCAUGAAGAUCUUUAUCCAUUUUUUUCAAUAACUUUCGAUAACGAAAAACCGUAUUGCACCGGGGUUGAGGAAAUACUGAAAAAAUACCGCAGUUGUCUUGAUGUUAUUGAUUUAUUUAUACAUUUUGACAUAGUUCCACUGAUAGAAAUUACUAUUCACCAUAUAAAAAAAAAUGGAUGCUACAAUAUUCUCAUUGUUUUCACGGAUGAAUAUUUUAAUGAUAUGCGGGAGUUUGAAAGAAUGUUGCCACAGGUGAGUCAAUUAACUGUCAAACAAUCAAUCAUCAGUCGACCAAUCAUUUUUCUGUCUGUCAUGAUGCAAUUUAGUUUAAAGCAAUGAAGGCGCGUGGAUAAAGUGGUUAGGCUAUUCAGCACAUGAUUGAAAGGUUGGGAGUUCGAUUCUCGGUAGCGUGUUGUGUCCUUGAGCAUGACACUUUAUUUCAGUGAAAUAAACAUUUUAAAACAAUCUUUUUACAAUGUUAAAGAAAUUUUUUAUAAUGUUCAUAAAGUUCAAUUCGCGCUUUCAUACGUUCGUAGCAAUCAUCAGAUUUCAAAAUGUA